GAUACAGACCUGGACUUUUUGCCAUUUCUGGAGCGCGUUAGCUAGCUUAGCUUUGCCAACCGUUGCCGCCAGUCAGCGCUGUUUAGCUGGUCGUUAGAGUUGAGAGCAUGUCAGUCAACUCUUACGUUUUAUUUCAUACGUCCCUUUACAUCCCUCCAAAAUGAUUUGAGGACGGUGUAACCUAGCUAACGUUGUUUUAGGCAACAACAAAAAGUCGUUAGCUAGCACAUCCGGUUCCCUGUUUUCAAAAUAAGAGGCCAACUCAGUAAGCUCAUCAAAGUCUCAUUGCUGACAUGAGGAGAAUGAAGAGCAUGGAAUUGCCUGGUAAUGAUCUUCCAGUCCAGUAUCUACGCCUCCUGGCCCCGCCCUUGCAGCUUUUGUCAGCUGCAGUGUGGCAAGUAGUGCAGCAGGGACUUGUGGACCACUAUGGGAUGCUGGAGGAGUUUGUUACCAUGGUGACGGAGCUGGUCCCAGAGCUGAUGAGCUAUAGUCAGAGGGCUCAGCUCAUCCUGGGACUCAGGGCCAGGCUGGUUCUGGAGAUGUGUCGAGGUGAGCACCCAGUGGACAUGCAGACCAUUCAGCCGCAUCUGGACAGAAUUAAAGCUCCUGUUAGCACUGCCAAGGAUCCCCAUGUAACCAUCGACCAGGUGGAGGAAUCUGAGGUGAACUUUGUGGAGUUGGUGCAUUCAUUACUAGAGGAUCCCUCUGAAAGAAAAUAUUUUUUCCAGGAAAUAUUCCCCCUAUAUUUUGGCUCCAAGUAUGACGCAGCACUUGAGAUGCUGGUGUGGGAGUUCAUAUCAAGACUGGAGCAGCUGCUGCCGGUUCCAGACUUCACACAGUUGGCAACUUUGCUCGGAGACGCUCCGUCAUUCCUAGACGACUGUUUACAAUCCUUCUUCCCGCCAGAGGACAUGAAGGCUGUACUUGAACAUCACAGAAACCUCGGCCAUUUUGAAGAGAAAGAUCCUAGAUUAUUACCGAUGGAUGACUGCAUUCUCUCCUCCCUGUCUCUGCCUCCUGGGACCAAACCUGUCAUGAACACCGCCUCUUGUUCACCUGCUCUCAAAGACUCAAACCCUCCAGAGCAAGAAGGACGUCUUGAUGCUCCCUUCAACACUAGCGGCCUCGAGAGGGCGAGCAGGAGGAGCUCUGAGACACUGAAUCAAAGACUGAAGGAGACAGGAGACUCGGGCAGUUGGCAGCUUAGAAGCGGCAACAUUUCUCAGGAGAGGAAAGUGCAAAACUCAAUUACUACACGGCCAUGUGAUGAAACCAUAGACCUCACUACACCUAAUGAAACUGUGGACAGAGAGUCAGCAGCUAACGACAACAGCCAAAGUUUGAGGGGAGCGCGGGUUCUCAGGAAAAGGAAACUGAGCGGAGGUGUGGACAUUCCUACAAAACAGCCUGCGGAGGCGCCAGCUUUCUUGUAAGAUUACCACAAAUGUUUUGUUCA